GAAACGGCCACUUCUUUGUUUGAGCGGCGCCUCCGACGCUUUUCGCACGUAUUUCUCCAGCUGGGCUGGAGCGGUAUUAUGCCUGGCUACGCAUUGAUGGCCAGAAUUCUCAUGACACCCGAUGACCGGACAGAGCUCAGGGUUGUUGACGAAAACAGAACAAAGCAGGACAUCAUACUAAAACAGGGACUGGAUAGCCCCGAGAAGAGCAGUGGCGGCAAGAAGAAGAUUUACCAUGUCUCAGGCCAGCCUGGAAAAGGCUUGAAGGGUGAGAGGGGAAAGCUGAUGCAGGGAUUCUCAAGCGAGGCCUGUUCAAACUGCAUGCAGCGCAUAACAACGUAGCACUGCUGUGUGGGCCCCCAGGGUCGGUCCAGGGUGUUGUGCUGCCGGCGUUAAUAGAUUGGAGCUAUAUUGAAGACCAAAAAAACGUGGGGUUCUAAGCAAUCAUUGACCGGCAGCGAACAGUCCUCUUCGUGUGACUUUCUUCUUAUCGGAUCAUGUCUGCUCAAUAUAGGUUGCAUCUGGCUUGGGCCGAUGACACGUCGCAGAAACUAUUUGUUAUCAGCCUGAUUGUGUGUGAACGAGUGAAUACGCAGACUCUAACGUUUGCCGACUCAAUUGUUUACUGUGUGCGAGGGGGUUCAGCCAAUGUAACCACCGUUAGCCCCAAAGGUAUCCAAGCGACGAAUCCCAUCGAGAAGCUCAACGACCGGCAACCCGAAGGAAAGGAUCGAUGUUACCUUCAAGCUUGACCGCUCCCAUAGAAGGAUUGUAGGGAGGCAGAAGACAAGAGGGGUAAUUGGCGUCGAAAUUAUCAUAUUUACUGGAUCGCCGCCACUUGAGGACACAAUCGAUUGAACCCGACCUACUUCUUCUGUUGCCUAUGCCGACUGAGCUCGAAAGCCAAUACAUUUUCCGAUCAUGAGUUCCGCACUGAAGAGGAAGGCACAGUCACCUGUACCUGAGGCGAAGUCGCCAACGGUACAGUCGCCCAAAGGACAAGCUAAGUCGCCCACGCCUGGUCCGGCAUCGCCCACGCCUGGUCCGGCAUCGACCACGCCCGGUCCGGCUUCGCCCACCCCCGGUCCCGUAUCGCCGCCGGCGGCCCAAUCUGACGAGCCGACCGAACUGUUGCCUGGCGCGCAUUGGGGCGAGCUGCAUGUCCCUGACGACAACGAUUCCACUCUGGGUGAUAGUGAUGUUGAGAGCUCAACGGCGUCGAUCUCUUCUACUAUUUUGCAAUACCGUACGAUCAAAGGCAGGACAUAUCACAACGAUGCUGUGUCUGAUACUGAGUAUUGGGGCCCAAACGAUGCGAAGGCGAUGGAGGUCAUGGAUAUUUACCAUCACGCCAUGACCCUGAUACUUGAUGAGAAGCUAUAUACAGCCCCGCUAUCCAAGGACAUCAAGAACGCCCUGGAUGUCGGCACCGGCACCGGGCUCUGGGCAAUCGAUUUCGCGGAUGAAUUUCCCAACUGUACCGUGAUUGGUACCGAUAUUUCGCCUAUUCAGCCGAGCUGGGUUCCUCCUAACCUCCAGUUCAACAUCGACGACGCGACUAGGGAAUGGACAUAUCAACCCGACUUCUUCGAUUACAUCCAUAUCCGGUGGCUUUGCGGCACAAUCAAGGAUUGGACAUCCUUAUACAAGGAAGCAUACAAGUGUCUUAAGCCGGGUGGCUGGAUUGAGCAUAUGGAUGGCGAAGUGAACGCGGUAUGCCUUGACGGAACUAUGCCUAAGGAUUCUGCUACCUAUCAGUGGGGACAGCUUUGGACCGAGAUUCAGCGGAAGACCGGAGUUAUAUUCACCAUGAUCAAUUCCGGCUGCAUGGAGAAUGGAAUUAAGGAAGCGGGCUUCACCAACAUCCAAAUCGAAGAUUUCCUGGCCCCGACUUCCCCUUGGCCUACUGACGAAAAGCAAAGACAGAUUGGUCUCUACCAAUCUGUAGCUUUGAUGACAGACGUUGAGGGCUUCCUCACCUACUUUUUUGGCCAAGUUAUGGGGUGGGCUGACAACGAGAUGGCAAAUUUUGCCGCUAGUCUUCGCCGGGAGUACAAGGAGUGCAAGAUUCAUGCGAACAUCAAGUGGCGCGUAGUUCGUGCCCAGAAGCCGUUGGACGCCUGAAAUCACAAGUGUAGACAACGGUGGUGGGGCAGGUGGACGCGUGUUGCGCAUGAUGAAAGUGGCAGGGAACAUGGGGGAUGGGGAUUACAUGUAUCCGUUUCCUUGUGUGACGUUUUCAAUAGUGUAGGUAUCAAUAUCUCUACUAUCACGAUCGUCGUCAAGCGUCAUGGGCCCCUUUUCGUGGUUUGUCCGGAGUUUGGUCCGGUCCGUUUGAUGAACAAGGUUCACUGCUGUUUCCUUCAG